UGUUUUGACUGUGCUGAUUAAACUGUAAACGGUUGUUCGAGUUUUUCUUAUCUGUAUUAUAUCAUUUUAUGAUUAGGAAUAUAUGAUUUGGUAUGUUCCGGUUCUACCUUCUUGGGUGCUGGACCCUCUCCAUGGUCCAUGCACAAGGACAACAGUAUAAUACUGAUGGACAACCAUACAACCCCCAAAACACACCUUAUAACGAACAAGGGCCCCAAAAUCAACAAGGAACGUUGUACAACCAACAAAACCCACAAGGACCGUUGCAAAACCAACAAGGUUCAUUGUACAACCAACAGGAUCCAUACAACAACCGACAAGAUCUGUACAAUAACAGACAAGACCCACAGUACAACCAACAAGGCAAUCUAUAUGAUCAAGGCUCUACAUAUGGCCAAAGACCACAAUAUAAUCCACAGAAUCCUCAAGGAUUUUAUAAUAAUGACCUAAGUAAUGAUAUUCUUUAUGAUAUUCAUUGCCCAGAACACUGGGUUAGGUUUUACCAGUCAUGCUAUAGGUUUAUCAAAUCGCCACUACGACCAUACGACGAGGCACGAAGAAUCUGUAAAACGUACGCGGUAGAAUCAGGCGGUUCAGAUCUGGUGUCAAUUGGUAGUACAGAAGAACACGGUUUUCUGAUCAACCAAUUGAACACCCUGGACCCUCAACAUCGCAGAUGGUACAUAGGAGCCCACCAACAGAACCCAGAUUACUGGGUUAACGCCGACGGAAGCCCCUUAGUUAACAUGGAAAACGCAUUCCUUCCCGUCCCGCAACGCUACGGCAAAGAUUUCCUUGCCUACAAUUUCUCAGUAGAGCGCAUGCAUUGGGGUUUCCAACCAGUACGUGGUGACGAACCCCUCCUCUUCAUUUGUGAAGCCAAUAUUAGAAGCAUCCAGAAACUCGUUUCAGACGACCGCACCUAUACAUACGGUAUUGAAAUCACCAACCCGGAUAGGAUUCCCAGGGGACCCUAUUUCAUCAAACAACCAAUUGACGCCACUUUUGACAUGUCCAAACGAAAAUUAUACAACGACGUAAGUUUAAGUUGUCUGGCCGGUGGUUACCCAACGCCUACGUACGAGUGGUACCGAGAAGACUACGAAAACGAUCGCCUAAUCGCCAAGAAAAUAGACCCUUUGAAGGACGGUCGUUACACCAUCAGCGGCGGGAUGCUAAUUAUCAAUAACCCUCAGCAGAAACUAGACCACGCCACGUAUCACUGCAAAGCCACGAAUAAAUUCGGCACGAUCAUUUCAGAAAGCGUCCAACUCAACUUCGGUUUUAUUUUAGAAUUCGUGUUGAAACGCUCGCCGGAAUCGGGUGAUCAGAAUUGGGGGAAGUCAAUAUAUUGCGAUCCUCCUAAUCACUUUCCGGCGGUGCGGUACUCAUGGUCACGUGACUAUUUUCCUAAUUUCGUGGAUGAGGAUAAAAGGGUGUUUGUUUCCAAUGACGGGGCUUUGUAUUUUUCGGCUUUGGAGACGAUAGAUAAGGCCAAUUACAGCUGCAGCGUCCAGUCUGAGUUCUCGGAUUCGGGUAGAAACGGUCCGUUUUUCCCAUUGAUGGUCAAUCCGCACUCAAACUAUCAGCAGCUUAAAUUUCCUAAUAAUUUCCCUAAAGCUUUUCCCGACUCGCCCAUUGCUGGAAAAGAAGUUAGAUUAGAGUGUAUGGCUUUUGGAUAUCCCGUCCCUAGUUACAAUUGGACUAGGAGAGGCGCUCCUUUACCUAGGACUGCGAGGUUGUCUAGUUAUAAUAGAGUGCUAACCAUUCCUCACGUCAAGGUGGAAGAUCAAGGAGAGUACGUUUGCCGGGUCUACAACGACAGGUCAAGUACCGAAAAUAGCCUGAUACUAAAUAUUCAAGCUGAACCCAACUUCACUAUCCCACUUACUGAUAGACACGUAGACAGCAAGAGUGAGUUGGUGUGGACGUGUGAAGCUUUUGGAAUUCCAGACGUUAACUACACAUGGUGGAAAAACGGCCGACAGUUGGUUAUGGGCUAUCUGGACUCAGAGGAACGCGGUAGAGUCAAAAUUCAAGACAACGUUUUAACUAUAAGCUACCUGGAUCAAGAACGCGAUCCUGGAAUGUACCAGUGUAGAGCCUCAAAUACUCUCAAAACUAAAUACUCAUCUGCCCAGUUACGAGUUUUAGCGUUUAAGCCUACUUUUAAGAAACAUCCUCUAGAAUCUGAAACUUACGCAGCCGACCAAGGGGAAGUGAUAAUUAAGUGUAAUCCAGAGGCGGCCCCCAAACCUAAAUUCAUAUGGAAGAAAGACGGGAAUGUUAUAGGGUCUGGAGGGCACAGACGCAUUUUAGAAAACGGUAACUUGAUUAUUAAAUCCGUAUCCCGGGACGACGAAGGUGUAUAUACUUGUACUGCCAGUAAUGAACUCGGAAUUGAUGAAUCAAAGGGGCGUUUAAUUGUUUUACGGGGACCACGCCUUGUUGAAAAUUUGAACCCUCACAUUGUUACCACGGUUGGUAGGUACUUUGAACUACGAUGUCUAGUCGAAACUGAAGAAAUGUUAGAUAUAGCGUAUACAUGGACGCAUAAUGGUAUGAAAAUAAGAGAUAUAGACGUGAAAAACUCGAAUAACCGAUUGAGGAUAGACGGUGGGCACUUAUCCAUUGUAAAUACUACGUUUACCGACGCCGGUGAAUACGAGUGUGUUGUAAAAUCCACGGUUGGUAAAAUUUCGUCGAGGUCGGUGGUAGUAGUUGAAGGACCUCCGGGUCCUCCAGGUGGGGUCCAAAUUACGAAUAUCCAAAAGAGUUCAGUCACUCUAAAAUGGACAGAUGGUGCCAUACAUGGUUCCCAAAUUAAUAGCUACAGUGUUAGCGGCCGAACUAACUGGAACCAGACUUGGAUGAAUAUAAGUCACGGUAUAUAUGCUCGUGAGAUUGACAGAUAUACUGGUCAGAAAGAAGCGACCAUUGAAAACGUUCUAACCCCUUGGUCCACGUACGAAUUUCGUAUAUCCGCUUGGAAUUCUUGGGGGAUGGGUGCGUUCUCCGCUCCCAGUCCCCGUCAUUCUACCCCACCUGAUCGUCCUUACAUUGCUCCAUAUAACAUUGGUGGUGGCGGCGGCAAAAUCGGGGAUCUUACAAUCACUUGGUCUCCUUUGAAACCCGACGAGCAGAAUGGUCCGGGAAUUUACUAUAGGAUAUUCUGGAAGCAGAAAGAUGUCGAGGUUGAUUUCCAAAGUCUGGAAUUAAAAGAGUUCGGCAACACUGGAAUGGCAGUAGUGCAUAUAUCCGCGGAUAACUACUAUACUGAGUAUGUUGUGAAGGUUCAAGCGAUUAAUGAUAUCGGGCGAGGUCCUAUUAGUCCCGAAUUCGUUAUAUACUCGGCUGAGGAUAUGCCUCAAGCUGCACCUCAACUGGUAACAGCAAGGUCCUUCAACUCCACUGCGCUUAACGUCAGUUGGGUACCAAUUGAUCAAUCACGGAAGAAUCUGAGAGGCAAACUGAUCGGUCACCGUGUCAAAUACUGGAAGAAGGAUUCAGAGGAGCAACAAUCCGUGUAUUAUUUAUCAAGGACGACGAGACCAUGGGCUUUGAUUGUAGGUCUGCAACCUGAUACUUACUACUUUGUGAAAGUAAUGGCGUACAACACGGCUGGCGAGGGUCCAGAGAGUGAACGCUUUUUAGAACGUACGUACAGAAAAGCCCCUCAGAAACCUCCUUCGUCGGUACACGUAUUUGGUCUCAAUCCUUCAACCGUCAAAGUUGUGUGGCGGUAUGUGCAACCGUCACCCGAAGAAGAACCGCUUAAGGGUUAUAAGAUUCGGGUGUGGGAGUUCGACCAAGAUAUAAGUACUGCGAAUGAUACUAUAAAGUCUUUUGGUGGAAAGUUAGAGGCAUAUGUGGAUAAUCUUCAACCUGGAAAGACGUAUAGGAUGCGUGUGUUGGCCUUUUCUAAUGGUGGAGACGGCCGGAUGAGUUCUCCAGAAGUCAAAUUUCGAAUGGGUCCUCUUUCAUAUUACAGAAGUGCUUGCGAAGAGUUAAAACCAUUGUCUAUAACAAUAGUCAUAGCAUGUUUGCUUCAUUAUGUACUAACAACAUGACAUUUAACCUAAUUUUUUUGUUAUGUUUUUUUAAUUUUGUAUUAUAUUAGUGUCUCUAAAGCCGUUUAUUUUUGGCAUUGAGGCUUGAGAUUUGAACUGUGCCUUAACAUUAACAGGACUGCUGGUAUCAUUCUGUAAACGUACCUGUUUGUAAUCAAAAAUAUGGUAGCAAUAAUUUUGUAUGUGUUCAGGAGCAUUUAAUGUACAUCAUGAAUCCGUCCAACAAGGGUUGUAAUUUUUUUAUCAUAUAGAAAAUAGAGUAUGAAAUUAUAUUUUCUUUUUUAAAUAAAGUUUUCGUAAAACG